GCCCGGCUUGAGAGAAGGGCCGAGCCCUUGAGGCCGCGGGCCCGAGCUGGGUAAGCGGCGGCGCCGCGGGGCGGCCGAGCAGUGGCGGCAGCCGAGGAGGGGGGAGAUGGCAGCGCUCCCCGGCGGCGUGAGGGGCGGCCACUGGAAAGCGUUGUGGUAACGCCUGAGGUAACGCUCGUUGUUACAGAAAAAUGCAUUUGGAAUGAUAACUUCUGUUUGCUGAGCUGAACUACAAAGAUCUCGUGCUUUGGAGAUGAAGAUGAUAAACACAAAGAAUAAAUCCAGCUUCUGCUGCUGUGAAUAUUAAAAGGUCCUUUGUGUCAAAAUGAACAGUCUUUGAGAAGAAUCUGGAAGCUGCUAAAUCUAAAAAAUGGGAGAAAGGGUAAGGAGCCCAGAUUCUGAACAAGACCGAAGAUCGGAUGAGGACAGAAAUAGUGACUCUUAUUAUUCAGAUGAAGGUAAUGCAUCCCAUUCAUCUGACCAGUCGCCUACUCUAAGCUAUCCAUCUACAAGCCAUGAAAAGCGAGAUCACAAAACAAGAGCUUCAGACAGUCUUGUGCACUACCAAGGCACAAAGAAGUUGGGUUCCAAAUAUGCACCAAGCAAAAGAGGGACACGGUGGGGUUUCCGUUCUCAAAGCCUCACUAGGGAUUCUCCUGCAAAAGAUAUAGAUCUUGUUACAAAGAGAGUCCUUUCUGCUAGGCUGCUGAAAAUCAAUGAGCUCCGAAAUGAACUGACUGAACUCCAUAUCAAACUAGAUGAGCUGCAGAAGGAAAACAGGGCGCUGAAGAGGCUUCAGCACAGGCAGGAGAAAGCCUUGAAUAAGUUUGAAGAUACAGAGAAUGAAAUUUCUCAGCUCAUUGCUCAACACAACAAUGAAAUUAGAAUAUUAAGGGAGCGCCUACGAAAGUCUCAAGAGAGGGAACGUGCCACUGAGAGAAGGCUAAAAGAUUCAGAAGAUGAACUGUACCGAACAAAAACUGUCUUGCAGAAACUGAAAAAGCUGUCUGCAGAUAAACACCUUGCUGAAAGAGAUGACCUGGCUAAGAAACUAGCCUAUGCAGAGAGCAGACUAGAGGAGAGUGAAAAAAGAAUUAAGGAUCUGGAGAAAAAUCUGGAAUUAAGUGGUAGCAGUUUUCAACGAGAGUUACAAUUAAAGAAAAAAAAGGUGCUUGAAGCUCAAGACAAAAAUAGAGCUCUCCAAGAAGAGCUUCUUCAACUAAAUCAGAAGCUGAAGGAAAAAGAAAGAGAACUUGAUGCAAAAAAUAUAUAUGCUAAUCGUAUGCUGAAGGUAUCACCGAGAAAAGGCAUGGAUGUUACUCAAAGAAAGAAAGCCAACAACCAAAAUAUCAAAAAAGGAGCACAGCUCACGAAAGGAGUACAGACAAAUGGAUGCUUCUCAUCUGUAGAACUUCCUUCAGAAUCAGAACUUGUCUGUAAUGACGCAGUAGAUAAGAAAGAGAGGAUUCUUUCCAGAAUAGAAAAAGAGCCUCAAAACAAGGAAUGGAAAGAGCAAGCAGACCUCCGAAAACAAGAGCAAGACAGAGAAAAGGAAGAGAAACUGAAAUGUGUUCAGGAACUACAGACUUCAGAGGAGAGGUUUCAAAAGCUACAUGAUGAAUGGGAAAAGGAAGAAUGUGACAAAAUGAAAAAAGAAAGCAGCUUUUUAUUGGAUAAAGAAGAUAAAACAAAGAUGGAAACAGAAACACACAAAGCUGAAAUAGAGACAGAAAGUACUGAAAUGCUGGAAGAACGGCGAAAAAGUGAAUUUCUGCUUGCCAAAAUGAAUGAAAUUGAUAGAGAAACUCAAAAUGUAAUGAACGUGAACUUCAUUCAUGCUUCCCAAACAGCGUUCAUAAACACAUUGAGAAAAUCUGAUUCUCCGGAGAAGAAAGAAAAAAAUGGUCAAUUCUUUGAAAUUCCAGGAAAGGUUACAAAUGGAUUUCCCCAAGAGGACGGGCAGGAGGAUGCCAUAAGAGCACAAGGGCAGAAGCAGCGAAAUUUAAGGACUGUAGAUUUAAGUAAUGAGUUAACAUUUGGUAGUUAUGUACCUUCCUUUGGAAAAGUAUCGGGGAGACCGAGUUGGCUUAAUCAAAAAGUUGAGUCUUUAGAAGAAAACAUGAAGGAAAAUGCAGAUUUCCAUAAUAAGAAAGAAAAGAAGUCCAGUUUAAUGGAACAACUCUUCGGAAGCAGUGCCAGUACCAUCCUCCUUCCUAAAAGUAAGGAUAUGACACCUUUUGACAUAGAUUGGGAAUCAAGUAAUACCCUUCUUGAUAAAAACAGUAAAAUCAAAAUAAAAGAAGACAAUGAUCUUUUCAGUGAAGGAAGAAACCUAAACAGACACCGUCUGCAACACUCUGGAAGCAAACCAGCUUUUAAAACCCUAGGUUCUUUAGAAGAUGAAAUGGAAGAAGUAGUCUUACAAUGAUCAUAUUUUAUAUUUUUCAUAUGUAAACACUGAAUAAAUAUUUUCACAUAAUAUUUAUUAGAUACAGAUUUGAGAUAUUUCAGAUGUAAAGCCUUAUGAAGGAGUAAUUUACUUAAAAAUGGAUAUCUUUGUAUAGAGGAAAGAUGUGCUCUGAUAGAACAGCCUAACAUACAUGCAGGAAAUUUAUUUUAAAAAGUAACAUUUAAAUACAGGCCUUGGAGACCUGGCAGUAACUAUUUUGGCAGUAAGACAGUGAAGUUGUCCUGAGGGACUUGCUGAUAGGUGAGAUAGCUACUAGCUUGCCACGUAAGUGAGAGAAGAUGCUCUUGCCCCUACCUUUGUUCCAGAUUAAUGGUCCCUGUUGCUACAUGGCACCAUCUGACUUGUGCAGCUGUGGCUCGGGGUGCCAGAGGCUUGUCAGUGCAGUGCUUGUAGGGAUGCUGUAGGUAGGGAAAGUGUUACAAAGGCUUACACUCAUGCACACCCUUCACCUACAUACACUCAUAGACACUUUGUGCUCUCUUGCUGGCUUUUGCACACGGUCUUUCUCUUGCUAUCAUUCUCUUGAUUACUGAGACUUAUGUGUCAUCUGUAAUAGAUCAGUAAAAUCAUACUUCUCACAAAGGAGAAUUAUUUAUGACAGAGUUAGCUGACUGAGAAAGCAACAAGCUUUUAAGUGGCAGUGCUGGUAUUCAGGGCAGCUAAUAAGCGUGCAUCUCUGGCUAGCCAGUGUAGGAAGUAUUUUGUUACCUGUAGGCUGCUCACUGUACACUGCUUUUAGUUUGGUUUAUUUCUUUUAAGCUUCAAUUUGCUUUCCCAGGCAUUCAAAGAGCCUGUAAACUGUAUCAGGAAAAGGCGUAUGUAACAUCAGUGUCAUGAAAUUGAUAGAAGAGACUUAACUUGCACAAAGCCUCAGGUAGAAAGACAGUGCUCUACACUGCAACCAUGUUAUCUCAGAAGAACCUCAACAGAAAUGCAACUAACUCAGGAGCAGCUGAUCUCUUUUCUGCAUAGCUUUUCUGGAGAUCUUAAUAACAAACUGGUCCAGGUUGUCCAAUAUUUUCAGGUUAUAUUUAUUAUAUAAUGCCAUUUUUUGUAAUUUUUGAAUUUUCUACAUAAAAUUCCAAUCAUUACUAAGUUGUUUUUUAACAAAAUGCUUUUAUUAAAACAGUUAAGUAAAAUUUGUAUGUGGAGAUCAUCUUUAACAAAAAGUUUUGACUUUCUAUGUUGUGUUACUGAUGCGGGGAAGGGGGAUGAAAAUGGGUUUGGUAGUGACAUUGCUAGUCAUGUAAUUCACUGCAUGGUGCGUGUAUAUAAAUUGGAAUUGUAGGCAGUGAAGUAUAUAGCAGAGGCAUUCCAGAUAAUUACAUGAAGGUCAUCAUUCUUUACUAGAGUGACAGAUUUUUAAAUGCUUCUCUGAUAAGCUCCCUGUGAGCCUGAUUUAAAACAUACUAAAAUACAGAGGGGGAUUAUUAUGACUUCAGGAUGCUUUGAAUCAAGAUUUCUGUGAAAACAAUAGCUUUUCUGAAAAGAAAGGCUGGUGUCUGCAUCAUGCAAUAACUUUCUUUGCUCUUCCAUUCAGAAAGAAAAUUAGUCACAGAUUCAGAUUGGGUGUGUGUGGGACCAUUCUCUUUAAUCAGGCUGAAGUGAAAAGCAACCCAUGUUCACCUUUGUGCUUACAAUGCAAGCCUGCUUAUGCUGAUUAUAAUAUUGUAGAGUUCAGCUCGUUCAUUUUACUUACUGUAAGUUAGAAUAUAAGUUUAACUCUAACCAGAAGGAGUGAGUUUAAUUGUCUGUAUUACUUGUUUGGGGAUAUACAAUGUUCAUUUUGAGAGGCAGAAGUCAGCUUGUAAGCACGUUAAGUGUAUGCAAGCGAGUGGUUAUUUAUCUUGUCUUAAUUGUGGAUGAGUACUACCCUUCAAGACUAAAGGGCUGUGUUCAUGAAGAUGUUGCUGUGGCUGUUUGCUUUUGUUUCCUGUGGCUGAGGAUUACAGGACACAAAACAAUGAUGUAGUUGCUGUGGUUUUUAAGGAUCAUAUUAAGUGUAUGGAGGGUUGGUUGGUUUGUUUGCACAGUGACCCAUUAACGUCUGGCAAAUUCUAAUUAUCAUGCUGAAGUGUUGUGCUCUGCUAUUUCAAUUGUAAAUGUAUAUUUUCUAAGUUGCUUCAUACUGUCAGCCUCCUCUUAAGUUCACAAAUGACCACAUUUUGUUAGCAGACCUUUCCUGAAGCAAGCAUUGUGCUGGCUUGCACAAAAAGGUAUAUCCUCUAGGAAGGUGAAAAUAAAUUAAUCUGCUGGGAACGGUGCCACAGGUAUAUUUUUGUUUUCCCUGAUUGCUUUCUGUCUCUACAGCUUAUUGUCUUUUCUUGCUAUGUUUACAGUUUUAGUAUUACUUGUCUGUAAAUACCAUUACAGUUAAGAAGUAUAAAUCAAGCACUUGAGACUUGGAGGGAGCAGGAGGGUGGAAUUUUUGGAUCCUUCUCAACAUGAGCAA